UGUUUGGGUUCUUACAUGGAAGUAGAAUCCCACCAUGGGUUUUACCACUUACCAUUACCACGGACCACUCACCUACUGAUUUGUGGUUUUUACGAUGACCAAGAACGAAUAUAAUUAAUUCCAAAUUUACACAUAAUACGAUAGUUAGUAGGCCAGCUACAAUGGUUUAAAUAAGAACCUAAGUAAUAUAAAAAAGUUUUUAUAAUAAAACACGUUACUUUGUGACAAAAAUCAGCGGAAUUCACUCGAAUAUGUCUUCGUCGGACUCUGAUGACUCCUACUCGCACGAUGAGUAUUGGUUAAGAGACUACGAGGAAGGAAACGGACCUCCACUGAUUAAAAAAAAAUCGCGUUUGAUAUCCGCCGUCCUCCACAACCAAGUGGAAAUCCUCAGGGACCUCCUCGACUCCCCGAAAUGGUAUAACGUCCACGAUUCUUGGGGUUACAGUUUACUGCAAAUAGCAGCUCGCCAAGAGAGGUACAAAUCCUUCAAAUAUUUGUUAUCCAUACCGGAUUUUCCUUUUGAUAUUGUGACCAAACAAGGCACAACAGCAUUGGGAGUUGCACUUGAUUCUUACAUGUAUAAUGAUAUAUGGAGGGAGGAAUACUUUACAUAUGAAUUGAUAAAAAAAGGUGCCUGCAUUGAUGAGGUUUAUUUUCAAGGAGAAUCACCACUAGCCCGUGCCUUAGAACGUCAUUACUAUAAGUCAGCCAGACUUCUUAUACGACGGGGGGCUGACGUUAAUUGUGUUAAUUCUAAUAGGAAUGAGAGCCCUCUUGACAUGACCGUGAACAGAAAUCAAAUUGAACUAGUAAUGACUUUGUUAGCAUAUGGAGCACAACCUACGGUCUACCACUUUGAACGGUCCGUGUUUUACAAUGGCUCUUUUGAAGAACAAGAAACUCUGUGUCUGUACAUUUUUGAUCAGUACUCAAACCUGGAGUUGCGCCUCGAUGUGUUAUUAAAACUUGCUGAAGCUAAAUCUCCCCUGUUCUACCACAUUCUUAAAUGCCCUAUUAAAAUAACAAUUCACUAUGAAUAUUUGUCUCUCUACUUUCGCAUAAUGUGUUCCAUGAACAUUGAUUGUUUGCGACUCGUCAUUCAAAAAUUUGGUCACUCUAUAAAUGAGUUGUUUUCAAGAAGCGUACUCUCAGAUACUGAUUACACGGGUGGUGAUGGCAAACCUAUUUAUUUAAGAAAUUUAAAUCUGAUGCUUCAAAGCGAAUUAAAACCGACUGCGAUUACUUUUAUUAAUAAUGUGAACAGAAGCGAGUUAUUUCAGGAUUUGAUCGAACUUGGAUAUAAAGAAACAGCCAUAACUCAACUUUAUUGUUAUUUAUUAAGUUAUGGUUUAAAUAUUGGAGAGUUAGAUUUGCAAAUUAUAUAUAAAAAGUUUGGGUGUUGCGAAUUGUUCAAAAUUCUUUUUACACAUGGACGUACAGAUGGGCAUUCCAAAAGUUUACAUUAAAAAUGUGAUAGCUGU